AGAGAGUCGGGAGGGGGUGUGUCUGAACGAGAGGCCAGGGGGGAGGCAGCGAACGAGGGGGUGAAGCAAGAGGGGGAGCGGGAGGAGGGAGAGACCCCAGACCCGGGUCUGGAGGUUCAGGAGAGCGGGCCCCAGGGACCUGCGUGCGAUCUGGGCGUGGAGGCGGCGAGGCGUGCCGUGAUGAAAGAGGAGGAGGACGGCGACCAGCAGCCCGUCUACUGCGAGAUCCUGCCCGUCUCCGAGCCCUCCCGCCUGGGGAGCGGCGAGCCGGAGGAAGGGGACACGGAGGUGAAGAAAGAGGAGACCUCCGAGCUGGGGGGGGGCUGCUUCUAUCUGGGGACCCCCGAACUCCGUUUCUUCCACCUCCCGGAUCUGCAGGAGCAGCGCGGCAGCAUCGCAGGGGGGGAGUGGGGUGCGGCAGGCAGCGGGGCGGGGUUCGGGAGGAGACGCCGGCCUGGGACAGGAGCCCAGGGGGAGGGGGAGGGGGAGGGGGUCGCCCUGGUGGUUUUAAGACAGGAGGAAUCGGAUUCAGCCCUCGGGAGACUCCACAGAGAGGGAGAGCCCCCUCGGAUCAAAGAGGAGGAGGAGGAGGAGCAGGAGGAAGGUGUUUUUUUCAGCCUUUCCAGCGUCCUGGAGCAAAGGCGCGAAAACCAGCAACUCCUGCUCGGAGGGAGCCCGACACGGACCCCGGCCCCCGAGCUGGGCGCCCCCUCCCCAGGGCACCCCCUGGAGGUGGAGGAGGGGAGGGGCGGGCUGAUCAAGCAGGAGGAAGAGGAGAGCGUGGGAUUGCUGGGGAGUUUCUUCCCUUCUUCCUCCUCCUCCUCCUCCUCCACCAGCCUGCAGCUGGUGAACCACCACGGGCUGGUGCACGUCCUGCCCGGACCUGAUGAGGCUGUGGAGGGCAGGGCUGGGGGAGAGGGGGUGGAGGGGGGAGAGAACGAGGAGGAGGGGGGGGAGGUAGAGAUGGUGGUUCGUGUUUUCCAGUUGAAAGAGGAGGAGGAGGAAGAGGAGCUAGCCCUGGAUGCUGCGACGCUGGGGAGCCCGGGACUGCACCCCCCCCUGCCCGUGUCGGGGAGCUCCUCCAGUCUGGGGGGCGCUGUGCUGGAGGGGAGCCGGGGGGUCCCGCUGGGGGCUGAUUUGGGGUGCGUGGAGCUGAACGGCGUCCCGUCGGUGGAGACUGGGGAGAGCGGGCGGGGCGUCCUGGAGAUGGAGGGAGGUUUGGUGCUGCUGGGCUGCGUGAAGCAAGAAGAGGGGGAGCGUGAAGGAGGAGAAGCCGCUCUGAUGACGGAGGAGGAGGAGGAGGAGGAGAGGGGGGCGUCGCAGCAGUCACUCUCCCUGCCUGUGGAGCACCUCGACCGGGCGGAUCCGCUCCCCGGGCUGGAGCAGAUGGAAGCUGGGACCCCGCUGACGGAACGGGAACCCCACGCUCCAGCGGAACGGGAGCUCCGGCCUGGGUCCGGUCCGGGUGCUGGUUCUGGAGGUGACCCGGGAGCACAGGAGAGCAGGGCCGGCAGAGCGGGGGCCCGGAGGGAGCUGCGGAGGGGCCCGGGUUCGAAGGGGAGCAGGGAGGAGGAGGAGGAGGAGGGGGAGCGGCAGAGAGGAAGAGAGGCAGACUGCGCUGAUGGAGGCUCCGAUAGAGAUGCUGGACAGGCAGAGAGACCCCAGAGGCGAUCAGGAGUCUGUGUGACCGAGGCUUCAAGAGAGACAGGAGGCUUGAGCUCCUGCAGGAAGAAGCCUCCUCUGAAAUGCCAGCAGGAGGAGCUGCUGGACAGCCUGGCUCGGAGUUCAGAGGUCGAGGAGGAUUCCGAUCGCUCCGACUCCGAGGUGGAAGGCGAGGCCGCUGUGCUGGCGCGGUACAGCCCGGCCGGAGACCCGAGCGAGGAGGAGGAGGAGGAGGAGGAGGAAGAGGACCAGCACGCCAACGACGCAGAACCAGCGGCGCAUCAAUGGAAAAAAACAAGUGCUCAGUCAGCCCUGCUGUUCCAGGACCAGGGUGACCCGAGUCUGCCCCCCCUGCGCUCCGCUCCGCUGAGCCCCUCCCAGUACUUCAGGCAGUACUUCAGCUGGGAGCUGUGGGAGAGCGUGGCGCAGCAGAGCAGCUCCAGGCAGGCAGGGGGCGCUGCAGAGAGAGUCAGCGCCAGGGACGUGUGCGUCUUCAUAGGAGCCAGCAUCGUGAUGGGUACGCUGAAGCUCCCGUCUCUCAAGCUCUACUGGAGCGCCUCCACCCGGAUCCCGAUGAUCUCGGAGCGGAUCUCCCGGGAGCGCUUCUCCGCCCUGGGGAGCACCCUGCGUGUCUCCGGGGGGGAGGGGGAGGUGGGGGGGCGACUGUGGCGGGUCGGGCCGGCUCUGCAGAGCGUGCAGCGGGCGUGCCGGAGGUUGCCGCGGGAGACGGUCUGCGCCGUGACGGAGCGCGCCGUCCCGUUAACCUCGAAGCACCGCGGCGGCAGGGGGGCGGCUCUGAGGGUUUCUCUGCUCCUGGGGGGGGCCAGCGGGCUGGUGCUGGACCUCCAGUUGGGCGGGGGACCCCUCUCCCGUGCCGACGCCGUCGCUCAGCUGGCGGAAACCAUCCCGGGAGACGGGGGUCACGUCCUGCUCCUCCCCCGAGCCGCCCCGCGGACGCUGGAGCUGCUGCUGCGAGGGGGGGUGCGCUCCAGCGGGGCUGUGGAGGGCGGCAGCCUGGGGGGGCUGGCCGGGGAGCUGCUGGGGGCUGGAGGAGGAGAGCGGGAGGCUGUGGUGCGCGGUGACGGGAGGGUGGCCCUGGUCAGGUGCAGAGGCCGGGUCUUCGCUUCCACGUGCCUGGCAGGAGAGCCCCCCGGCGGGGGGAGGGGGGCGGCCGAGGCCAUGGCGAGAGAACGGCGGCUCUUUGAAGAGACAGUGGGGCGGCAGGGAGCUCUGGGGGAGCUGUAUGGGGCCCCCAGUCCCUGGAGGAGGUGGGGGGUGACCGUGCUGCUCUACCUCGUCGACCUGGCCUUGCUCAACUCCUGGCUGGAGUACCGGCAGGACAGCGGGAGCCGCCGCGGGAUCAGCCUGAUGGCGUUCCGGAUGCAGGUGGCGGAGGAUCUGCUCCGGUCGGGAGCAAAGCCGGAAUCGAGGGCCAGGAAACGCCCCAGGAGUGAGGGGGGGGAGGAGGGGGGAGGGGUGGAGAUGAAGAGGCCGGCGCUCUCCCUGCCCCUCCCCCCCUCGCCUGCCUCCGAGCUCCGGUACGACGGAGCGGAUCACUGGCCCGAGCAGCUGGAGCGGGCUGGGGGAUGCGGGUUCGAGAGCUGUUCCAGGACCACCAGCGUGAGCUGCAUCAAGUGCCGGGUGUUCCUCUGCAUCGCCACGCGAGACAACUGCUUCCUCAAGUUCCACAAGAAGUAGAAAAAAACGAGCGAACGAGCGACAGCAGAGUCAGCACCUGCAGCCUCGCCUGUUUCACAAGUAAUAGCCUCAAUCAAGUUACAGGAGAGAGAAAAAUAAAGCUAAAGUCAUCUCGUUUCACAAUCCAGGAGUUUUACUGAAAGGAGCCGGCGUUUUUAAAAAAAAAAGGGACCUCACGUGAUCAAAACUGAAUAAGGAAAACGGAGAGCCCUGAGGAUAAGCGACUGGAGAGCGAGCGGGGGCUCGGAGCCGGCGUCUGCAGGGAGUGAAGCGACGGCGCUCAGCCAGGAAACACUAACGCAGGGGUUGUGAUGGAUUGUCGCUCCUGCGUGCGAGGGACUGGAUGAAGUGUUAGGGCGCUGCCGUAGCUGCGCUGUCUGUGUCGGCAGCGCCUUCCUCUAGAUUGAAUCGCACCCCUUGAGGAGGGUUUGAAAUGUCCCAGCUGAAUUAAAAUGUGAAAUAAAAUGAAACGCAGUUUG